AUGCCAGGUACUCUGAUGUUGUACAUGAAGAUUGGAACUUGUAGUUCAUCGGUACGGGUAUUUUUCCGAAAAUGUAACGGCCGUGCUGCCUGUAACUGUGCUGUAGCUGUGCGGUCUGGUGAUGACGUCAUCCUGAUAGACAGGUGUGGACCAGACUCUGACAACGCCCAGCCUCACCUUGAUGUUAGGUCAUACAUCAAUGACGAUCUCACCCUCGGGACACGCGUUGUGAAAUACGAGGGUGGAAAAGAAUACAGGGUGUACCUCCCAACGGGAAGUUAUAUAGUAGUUAAAGAUGGACAGUUGAAGAGAGACCGACAAGGCUACUUGAAUGUUUUUAUGCAUGCCUCCGCUCUGGACUUCAACCAGACAGUUGGAUUGUGCGGAACAUUCAAUGGGGACAAGGAGGAUGACCUAACAUUACCAGAUGGAACUGUAGACCCGUCAGAUGCCAGGAAGCCAGACUCCUUCUCCCUCCAGUGGAGAGUCAGUGAGGAGGAUUCUUUGUUUACUGGGUAUUGCCCAGGAGCAGAAGAGGAUGAAUCAGUGGAAAUGGAUGACAUGUCCUGUUCAUGUCUAAAAGGGAAAAACAUUACCUGUGAUUCUCGUCUGUUCUAUCAGUGUGAGGUUGAUCCUGUACCAGGAGAAGAUAUCACAGCUUCCAUACCAAACUUCCCCCUGAGAAGGUGCUUCAGUAUUCAGCCUUGGAUCGUGUUCCAGUACAACGCUUCCUACAUAGCUACAGCAGGAACAUUCCCGACCCCUGGAGGCAUCAAUCAGACAGAGGCUUACAGAAUAUGUUCGGAGUAUAUCUUUUCUGCGGAGGUUGGAGUCCUUUGUAACGGAUUUAUAUCAGCGAAAAUUGAAGUCAGCAUCCAGUCAUGUGUUGAAGAUAUCGCAAUCACUGAUGAUAUAUCUUGGGCGUUUGAGGCCCUGUCCAGUGUGAAGGUCCAGUGUUUAGCGGAGAUAGCCACCAACACUGACCUGUGGAUAGUGGACGGAGGUGGCCUUGUACCCCCAUUCAACACCACACACUUACUCUGUCCCGAGUGUGAGAACGACGGUGUCUGUCUGGAAGGUAAGUAUUUAGUCUGUAAGGUCGACACUGUCCCUCCAUUCAACACCACACACUUACUCUGUCCCGAGUGUGAGAACGACGGUGUCUGUCUGGAAGGUAAGUAUUUAGUCUGUAAGGUCGACACUGUCCCUCCAUUCAACACCAUACUCUGUCCCGAGUGUGAGAACGGCAGUGUCUGUAUGGAAGGUAAGUAUUUAGUCUGUAAGGUCGAGUGUUGUCCCUCCAUUCAACACCAUACUCUGUCCCGAGUGUGAGAACGGAGGUGUCUGUAUGGAAGGUAAGUAUUUAGUCUGUAAGGUCGAGUGUUGUCCCCACAUUCAACACCACACACUUACUCUGUCCCGAGUGUGAGAACGGAGGUGUCUGUGUGGAAGGUAAGUAUUUAGUCUGUAAGGUCGAGUGUUGUCCCCACAUUCAACACCAUACUCUGUCCCGAGUGUGAGAACGGAGGUGUCUGUGUGGAAGGUAAGUAUUUAGUCUGUAAGGUCGAGUGUUGUCCCCACAUUCAACACCACACACUUACUCUGUCCCGAGUGUGAGAACGGCAGUGUCUGUGUGGAAGGUAAGUAUUUAGUCUGUAAGGUUGAGUGUUGUCCCCACAUUCAACACCACACACU